UUGAUAUGAUUGACAGGGAGGCAGGCCUACUGACAGUACUAUAGGGUUUAUACCAGUAUACUCUCAGUAGUAAUAUCAAGUUCAACUGUGGCUUCACCAUUCACCGUGCCGAAAGAAUGUGUCAUUCCGAGAAACCACAGAAAACGACCCUUGCCCUGUGUUCAUACAUACAUGUCAUAGUUGACCAGUUGACAAACCCUGUGCAUGCCAAAUAAUGCAUGUAGCCAUUGUUUGGCAUGCACAAGGGGACUCUCCUCUCAGGGGGCGGCUUGGUCAGGAGGCCAGUUUGCUUGGGGGCGACUUAGCAAGGGGGCGAGUCGGUAAGGGACUUCACAAACAGUUGACACAGUAGACCAACCAUCGUCAUGUCAUCUGCCAAAAAGAAGAAGGGGUUUCACAUGAAAGAGUCGGAGUUGCUCUGCAAGAAUGGAUGCGGUUUCUAUGGAAACGUGGCUUGGCAAGGCUACUGCUCUAAGUGUUGGCGUGAAGUAUGCCAGAAAGCUCGACAAGCACAGAUAGAGAGCGAUGCCUUACUCGCUCGCAAGAUUGCCGACAGUGAGCGUGCUCAGUCACUCCAGUCAGCCUCGAGCAACAGCAGCGAAACGCUCACCUUUGACAAAUUUGAGGAAAAGAAGAAACAGCACUCUUCAACGCGCAGCAAAGCUGUGAAGACUUUCUUUGGUAAAACUGCCAAAAGUGGAAGUAAGGAGAUGAUUCAGCAGCAACCAGUCUUAGAGCGUAAGCACAGCACCGAGAGCCAAAAGGCCAUGGGUGACUUCAUGGAAUUCUUGAAGAUGCUGAACCGUCCAGCGGCCCAAGACCUCAACAAGCAGUGCCGCGUGUUUGUUGAGAAGAUCCAACGACACACUCACCUGAACAUAGAGGAGCAAUCUGAGAUGGUGCAAGACUUCUAUGCUGCGAUGGCAGAAAGGAUGAAGACCCAUGUAGCAUUUAAAGGUAAACUUGCACAAGGUUCAUCUCAUGAGCAGCUUGAGGGUAUGUUGGAUAAUGUGGAGAAGGUCAUCAUGACAAGGUUGUAUCGCACGCUAUUCUGCCCGCCCUACACAGAUGAUGAGCAGAAGGACCUCGCGGUGCAGAAUCGUAUCCGUCGCCUGAGAUGGAUCAUGCCAGCCAUGUUGGAUGCUGUGAUUGAUGAAGGAAACCCACGGGUGCGAGAGCUAAUUGAGAGGGCUCAGACAGAUCUUAUAGAAGUCAACUCACGCAGGGCACCAAUCGACAAGCUAUCGUGCAUUGUCCGCUGCAGCAAGAACAUCUUCAAGAUGAUCAGUUUAUCCCAAGAUGCUCCUUCAAGUGCCGAUGACUACUUGCCUGCUCUUAUCUACAUGGUACUGAAGGCAAAUCCACCCCAACUACACUCCAAUAUUCAGUACAUCACUAGGUUUGCCAACCCAUCGCGAUUGAUGCAAGGUGAAGCUGGAUAUUACUUCACUAACGUGUGCUGUGCCAUCAGCUUCAUAGAGAAUCUAGAUGCUCAGUCACUGUCUCUAAGUCAAGAAGAGUACGACAGCUACAUGACGGGCAAGGCCGUACCACCAGGGACCAUAUCCAGCGAGCCUAUUUGUAGUGGACUACGGUUGAUGUACGCUAACUUAACCUCCCUUGAGGAGUUACGAGGUAGACAGGAUCGACUGAUGAAGAGUGCCAGGGAGUUACAAGCUGAGAUGACAGCUUGGAAGGACAGUGUUAUCAAACAGGUGGACGAUGUCUUGAGGGAGAAACCUCUGAUCAUCAGAAGAGCCAAGGUACCAGCAGGAUUGGACACAGAGAUUUCCAGCACAUCACAGAACCUACCAGCGCCUCUGAUACCCCAGGUUGUCAAUAAAUGAGAAUGGUACUCCCAAGUGUGGCUACCAAUGAAGGUGCUCUAACCUAGUACAUGUACCAAGGACGAGACGCAUAGAUAUUCAACUCUCUCAACACUUGAGAAAUUUAUUUACUCUGUGCGGUUUUGCUUGGAAUGUACCAAGUCUAGCACCAAGGAUCUUGGAGCAUUGAGGCCCAGCAGAAGCAUAUACCUACCCAUGUGCUGUGUGCCUGAGGGUGCAGAUAUUUCGACACAAUAAUAUCCCACAACCGGCAAAAACAAUAAUAUAAAUUUAAGUGCAACAGUAGUAUAUUAGUCCGGGAGAUAGGAGAGGUUUAUUUAACAUGGAAGGUACAAAGUUUUGGGGCACUAGGGAUGUAGCAGUUGCUUACCCCUGCAAAAAACUGCCAUUCUUAUGUUCCAUCAGUGGUGGAUGUGGGAGGGGGCACCGUUUGAAAAACCCCCCAAAUUGGAUUUAAUUAACAUGCAAGGUACAAGUUCCAUUUUAUGCCAAAUGAUUAAGGGCACCACACUUUAUGCAAAUCAGCAACAUAAGAAUAACAUUUCAGGUGGAAAUAUCACUGAUAAAGAACAACGCUCAUAAGUGCCAAUUAGGGUUGUAAUUAACAUGAAAGGUACAAGUUUGAAACCAAGUCAUGAAGUUAGAGGGUGGUGGCCUCUAAUCACAAACAUAAGAAUGAAAAUUGUGGUGGACAGGUCAAAGGUCACUACUUAAGCCAGAAACUAAUUAAAAUGGCCAUAUCUUUUGACGUGUACUGUACAGCAGAUUAGAAUCCCAAGCCUUGGUCUUACUUAAACUCUCUCAGCCAUGAAAUUGGAAACUGACAAAAUAAUAUAAUGAACGAGUCAUUAACUUGAGAGUGCAAUAAACAUGCCCUGAACCUCGAUACUUGCCCAUUAUGUGGCAAUGUUCGCGGAAUUUUCUAAACUUGUUGAUGGGUUCCUUGCAAGUCAUGCAAAUGUACUCUCUUAAACCACGGUCGUUUAAGGAACUAAAGGCCGCCUUUUCGCCUUUAGUUUUUGGUUCGUCUGGGAUUGGGCAUUGACACUGGGAUUCUUUAGUUGGGCUGAUGUGCCUUUCGCAAGCCGGCAUACGUUGCAUUUGUCGUGAAGUUUCUGCCGUUCGUGCGACCAGGUGAGGGGCUUUGGAUCGGCAAGUGUUUCGUUAAUCGUGUGAACUUCUCUCGAUAGCGACUUCACGAAAUGAACGGCUGCGUCUUGGCCUCUGUAGGUUUUGCGACUGCUACACACACCAUCACAUCUAUACCGACCGCGUGAGAGUAGCCGCAGGGUUUGUGGUGUUGUACCUUGACCGUGUUUAAUGGUUCUGGUGGGAGACGCUCUAAAACAGACUCGAAAUCUACGUAGAUGACGAACGGAGCCGUCUUGCUUGUUCUUGUAAUUUUCAAACUUGAGAAUGUCUUGGCCCUUUACAGGUAACUCUACUUUGGAAGGUGCUGUGUCCAUUCCUUGACAGUCUUCUCGGUGUUUGUCUCGCUGUUGUUCAGUUUGAAAGUGAGAUAGGCAAUUGAAGCACCAGUACGAUAUGCCGUCGUGUUUGUUAACGUCACUCAUCAACCGAGAAAAGUUCUUCAUCCAACAGUAGUGAGCUGUUUCACCUCGGUUAAAGUAAAGUAAGUUGAUCGGUUCGCCCAUGCAUUUAGUUUUGUAAAGUAUGUAGACGCCUUCUUUCCCCGUGUAACCAAACACGUUGAUCGCCAAGUUGUUUUGUGAUUCGAUUCGCGGAAUCUGCGACAAGGGAGUUGGAAAGUCUACGUUUCUAAAGUUUAAACCGUCGUCUGUGGUGUAAGUUGAGGUACGUUGUUAAUUUUGUAAUUUGGGUUGGUUUCUAGGUGGUGUUUGACGUUGUCUGAAAUAAAUGUUAAAGCAGCUCUUAA